GUAAGUCGUAACGUAAACAACAAGAAUACUCCACAGUUCACGAUACAUACAGCGGAUUUGAAUAAUUUAAUUUUAUCAAUUCAAGGUCACAAUUCCACACACGUAUUUAAAUCAGUUCAGUCGGCUUGCCCCUCGGCCCCCACCCAAGUACCAUUACUUGUGUCUUGUGUUCUUUUAUUGGUCUAAUAGAAAAAAUCGGCGAUGGCGUCGGCGAUGCUAAAGCUUUUUAAAUCAGAAUCUCAUCUACUACUUCGUAGACACUACAGCAGCUCAGCUCCAACCACAAAACUAUACAUUGACGGACAAUACCUUGAAUCAAAAACAAGUAACUGGAUUGAACUAACUAAUCCUGCUACAAAUGAAGUUAUUGGCAGGGUACCGGAGACAACACAAGAAGAAUUAAAUUCAGCGUUAGAAGCAGCAAAGAAUUCAUACAAAUCAUGGAGCCAGAGCACUAUUAUGACGCGGCAACAACUAAUGUUCAAAUUCGCUCGCCUAUUAAGAGAAAAUCAAAGCAAAUUGGCAGCGAAAAUAACAGAAGAACAGGGAAAAACAAUUGCCGACGCAGAGGGCGAUGUACUUAGAGGCAUUCAGUCAGUUGAACAUUGCUGCAGCAUCACUUCUUUGCAAUUGGGAGACUGCAUACAAAAUAUCGCUAAAGAUAUGGACACGCACAGCUAUAAAGUUCCCCUAGGAGUUGUUGGAGGUGUAGCAGCAUUCAAUUUCCCGGUGAUGAUCCCGCUGUGGAUGUUCCCACCUGCAGUGGUGACGGGCAACACCUGCAUCAUCAAGCCCUCGGAGCAGGACCCCGGAGCCACCCUCAUGAUGAUGGAACUGCUGCAGGAAGCCGGUGCACCUCCCGGACUUGUUAACGUAGUGCAUGGAACACACGAUACAGUGAACUUCUUGUGCGACAAUCCUGACAUCAAAGCGGUUUCCUUCGUCGGUGGGGACGCGGCCGGGAAGCAUAUCUACACGAGGGCAUCUGCUGCAGGAAAAAGGGUACAAAGCAACAUGGGUGCCAAAAACCAUGGAGUGAUAAUGCCCGAUGCGAACAAAGAACACACCCUCAACCAGUUGGCUGGCGCAGCUUUUGGCGCGGCCGGGCAGAGGUGCAUGGCUCUCAGUACUGCUGUGUUUGUGGGCGAAGCAAAGGAUUGGAUCCCCGACUUAGUGCAGCGAGCUCAAGCGCUCAAAGUGAACGCCGGUCACGUACCCGGCACUGAUGUCGGUCCAGUCAUCUCUGUCAGGGCUAAGGAGAGGAUCCUCAAGCUUGUUGAAUCAGGUAUCAAAGAGGGCGCCAAAAUAGUUCUAGACGGCCGAAACGUUAAGGUACAAGGUUUCGAAAAGGGUAACUUCGUCGGACCCACCAUCUUGACUGACGUCAAACCGAACAUGGAGUGCUACAAGGAAGAAAUCUUCGGCCCAGUGUUAAUUUGUCUAUUUGUCGACACUUUGGAUGAUGCCAUACAAUUAAUCAACUCCAACCCAUACGGAAACGGUACAGCUGUGUUCACUACGAAUGGUGCUACAGCGAGGAAGUUUGCCUCAGAAAUUGAUGUUGGUCAAGUCGGAGUCAAUGUACCUAUUCCUGUACCACUGUCUAUGUUCUCCUUUACGGGUACUCGAGGCAGCUUUUUGGGCACAAAUCAUUUCUGUGGUAAACAGGGAAUCGAUUUCUUCACAGAACUGAAGACUGUUGUAUCUUUUUGGAGGCAGAGUGACGUAUCUCACACGAAAGCUGCUGUGUCUAUGCCCACUCAACAGUAAAUGAGUAUCUGUAUAAAUGUUCGUCACAAAUUAUUUAUUGUUUCCACUUUCAAGUGCCAUUUAUUAAUGUAUAAGGAAAAAUGUAAUAGAGCAUUUAUAUUUUUAUAGUAAUGUUCAAUUUUCUUAUUAACAAGUCUUCCCAAUAAUGUGAUCGUAUAAAUUGUGUGUAUAUUUUGUUACAAUUUUUUGUUAUACAAUAAAAAAACAUUUUAUUUA